AGGGACAAUAUAUGCAACAAUAUACUAGUACGACCUAUUUGCUGUCAUCCAAACUCAGGCAGCAGCGUGUAUACCUGUCAGACUUCUUUGCCGGACCCGCUAAAGGCCUCACUCUCCCCAGUAACUACAGUACAGUACCACAGUCUCUUGAUACCACCCUAUCGACUAUAAGAACAUCCAAUCGGAGGGUUAUCCCAUAUUACAGCACAGUGCAACGCUGAUGCUAGUUGUUGGACUAGCACAACAGCCUAUACACCUGACAUACAUCUACCCUACACGGGUGUCUCAAUCGUUACUCUCCUGCUUUGGCCGGGGCAUGGACGCAUUCUCCGUAUGCUUUACUAAUAUUUCGGAAAGAUCCACAUCAAGGAUAUAUCAAGACCUCUUUUAUACAACCGGGUUGGGGAAGCUGUCUAUUAAAGACUCAGAAGAGGUAGAACGCUUCAAGAUGACUACAAAUCAAUAUCAAAAGUAUCGAGCAUUCGAGCUCGGAGCGAAGCCCCGUGUCUGUAUUAUUGGAGCCGGCAUAUCUGGUUUAAGAUGUGCUGACGUUUUGCUUCGUCAUGGGUUCGACGUGACUAUUCUCGAAGGCCGCAACAGAGUAGGCGGCAGGGUCCACCAGCAGACGAUGAAAAGCGGACAUGAUAUCGACAUGGGCCCAAACUGGAUUCAUGGUACUGAGGAAAACCCGAUACAUGAUUUAGCCAAGGAUACAGGUACCGUAAUCGGCAGCUGGGACGACUCGACCAACAUCUUUGACGAACAGGGAGCACUGCUCUCGCAAGAAGAAGGCGAAAACUACUCUACAACGAUGUGGAACAUUAUCCAAGACGCUUUUGCCUAUUCAAACAAGUCAUGUUCAGAAAUUGACCCAUCUCGAAGUCUUCUAGACUUCUUUGGGGAGAUAGUUGAGGAAAAGAUAACGCGCACCGAGCCCAAUUUUGAGUCAAAGCGAAAGAUUAUCUUGCAGAUGUGCCACAUGUGGGGUGCGUUUGUAGGAAGUCCGAUAUCUACACAGAGUCUAAAGUACUUCUGGUUAGAAGAGUGCAUAGACGGAGAAAACCUCCUUUGUGCGGGAACUUACAAACAAAUUUUGCAAACCAUCGCAAAGCCCGCACUAGACGCUGCCUCAAUUCAGUAUAAUACUACUGUACAACGAAUUACACGACUAGAGCAGGCUGGUAGCCAAGUAUCAGUCACUACCAAUACGAAUCAAACACUGGAGUUUGCCGAAGUUAUCUGCACGACACCGCUGGGGUGGCUGAAACGUAACAAAGACAGCGCCUUUAAACCACCUCUACCGCAUUCCCUUUCUUCAGCAAUCGACAAAAUAGGGUACGGGUGCCUGGAAAAAGUAUACGUCAACUUCCCAGAAGCCUUCUGGCUGCAGGGUUCCGAUGAGACCAAGAAGACAAAGGGCUUUGUCCAAUGGAUAUCUCCAGAAUAUGCCACCUCUUCAAACCCGCACAAAUGGCAUCAGGAAAUGGUAGAACUGGCAAGCAUCGAUCCUCGAGCUGCGCAUCCCACCUUGCUGUUCUAUAUAUUUGGCGACCAAUCAAGGCAUGUCACCUCCACCCUCGCCAGUCUAGACACACAAGAGCAAAAGCAAAAGUUCUUGACCUCAAUGUUUGAGCCAUGCUACUCUCGCCUUCAUAACUACAACGCAAGCGAUCCGAAGUGCCAGCCUAUUGAGUUCCUUGCGACAGAAUGGCUCAACGACGAGCUUGCUGGGAACGGCAGCUACGCAAAUUUCCAAAUUGGGCUGGAAGACGGCGAUAAGGCCAUUGAAAUCAUGCGCGAAGGGCUACCAGACUACGGACUGUGGUUUGCCGGAGAGCAUACUGCACCAUUUGUCGCCUUGGGUACUGCCACGGGGGCUUAUUGGAGCGGCGAACUAGUUGCGAAACGCAUCGCCAAAGCGUACAAUAAAACAGAGACACCAAACCUAGAAGGAGAAUAGACUUAGAGCAUACACGUGUACGAUAUGAUAUAGAAGCAAAUUAAACAUGAAU